CCAGUACAGCAGGAGCAGAUAAGUAUUAGGAUACAGCUCCUCCCAGAGCUACCGGAACCUGAUCCCGCCCCGCACGACUGGGCAAUAAUCCCUGUCCAAGAAGGAUCCGCUGUGGGAAGUGUCCCGCUCCAGCAGCUGCACAGGGAACAAAACUUCCAGGGGAGGAGGGAAGGAAGCAGCGGAUCCAAGAUUAGACACAGCCAAGGCAGCCCGGGUCCAUCGCAAGUCACUACUCCGCAUGUGCAAAGCUGCUGCCCCACUUACCGACCCCUUCAAACUCUGGUUUGUGGAUCUCCCGCACCCCUCCCGCGGAGUAAAGUGCGACCCUCCCAGCCAUUCCCUUCUCUGACCUUCAGUCGGGAAGUUCCAAGUGGGCUCCAGCAGGAGGGAGCUGCCGAGCCCUUAUGUGCAGGAGGAUGCGGGCCCCGGUGCUGGCAGUGCUGCUGCUACUCGGGACAGUACGGGCCGCAAUGGAUGAAUGCGAAGAGGCGGGGAGACCGCAGCGCUGCAUGCCCGAGUUUGUUAAUGCCGCCUUUAAUGUGACUGCUGUUGUGGCCACCAACACGUGCGGCUCUCCCCCGGAGGAGUACUGCGUGCAGACCGGAGUCACCGGCGUAACCAAGUCCUGCCACAUCUGCGACAGCAGCCGCUUUAACCUGCAACACGGCGCCGACUACCUGACCGACUAUAACAACCAGGCGGAAAUCACGUGGUGGCAGAGCCAGACUAUGCUGGCCGGGAUCCAGUACCCCAACUCCAUCAACCUGACCCUACACCUCGGAAAGUCCUUUGACAUUACUUAUGUUCGGCUGAAGUUUCACACAAGUCGGCCUGAAAGUUUUGUACUAUACAAGCGAACACGAGAGGAUGGCCCGUGGAUUCCAUACCAGUACUACAGUGGCUCAUGUGAGAAAACCUACCAAAAAUUCAAUAGAGGCUUCAUCCGCACUGGGGAGGAUGAACAGCAAGCUCUUUGUACUGAUGAAUUCAGCGACAUCUCACCAUUAACAGGGGGCAAUGUGGCCUUUUCUACCCUUGAGGGUCGGCCCAGUGCAUACAACUUUGACAACAGUCCUGUAUUGCAGGAGUGGGUGACCGCUACAGAUAUUCGUGUGACCCUGAACAGAUUAAACACAUUUGGAGAUGAAGUUUUUAGUGACCCUAAAGUGCUCAAGUCUUACUAUUAUGCCAUUUCUGACUUUGCUGUUGGAGGCAGGUGUAAAUGUAAUGGCCAUGCCAGCGAGUGUGUGCGUAAUGAGUUUGACAAGCUUGUGUGCAACUGUAAACACAACACUUUCGGCCCUGACUGUGAGAAAUGCUUACCCUUCUAUAAUGACCGGCCCUGGAGGAGAGCAACUGCUGACAGUCCCAACGAGUGCCUUCCCUGUAAUUGUAAUGGACGCUCCCAGGAGUGUUACUUCGAUCCAGAACUGUACCGCUCCACGGGACAUGGUGGACAUUGCAUUGGCUGUAUUGACAAUACUGAUGGCCCAAACUGUGAGCGGUGCCGUGAGAACUACUAUCGUCAGAACAGCAAUGAGCCCUGCCAUGCCUGCCAGUGCAACCCUGUUGGCUCUCUCAGUACCCAGUGUGACAACACUGGACGCUGCAGCUGCAAACCUGGUGUAAUGGGAGAGAAAUGUGACAGAUGCCAGCCUGGCUUCCACUCUCUUACUGAAGCUGGUUGCAGGCCCUGUGCUUGUAAUCCUGCCGGCAGCACUGAUGAGUGCAAUGUUGAGACAGGCCGCUGUAGCUGUAAAGAUAACGUGGAAGGGUUCAACUGUGAGAGGUGUAAACCUGGAUUCUUCCACCUGGAUGAGGCUAACCCACGUGGCUGCACUCCAUGCUUCUGCUAUGGCCAUUCAUCAGUGUGCAGCAAUGCAGAGGGAUACCGUGUCGGCAGCAUUGUCUCCACAUUUGAGAGUGGUGUGGAGGACUGGACAGCACAGCAGAGGGAUGGCUCUGAGUACUCACUAUCCUGGGUUUCUGAAAGUAGCUCAGUUUCUGUAAUUUCUGAGAGCUACUUUCCCAUUUACUUCAUUGCACCAGCAAAAUUUUUGGGAAACCAAGGUGCAAGUUAUGGCCAGAACCUCACUUUUAGCUUCCGCGUGGAGCGUCGUGAUACCCGACUUUCUGCAGAGGAUCUAGUGCUAGAAGGAGCUGGACUCAGGGUAUCUGUGCCUCUCAUUGCCCAGGGGAACUCUUACCCAAGUGAAACUACUCAACGCUAUGUUUUCAGGAUGCAUGAAGCCACUGACUAUCCAUGGAGACCAUCAGUAUCACCUUUUGAAUUUCAGAAGAUGUUGCAGAAUCUCACAGCAAUUAAGAUCCGCGGAACCUACAGUGAACGCAGUGCUGGACUUCUAGAGGAGGUCAGUUUGGUAACUGCUGAGGCAGGUGCUGGUCCUUUUGCCCCAUGGGUGGAGAUGUGCAGCUGUCCCACUGGCUAUAUUGGGCAGUUCUGUGAGAGGUGUGCUCCUGGCUAUCGAAGAGAGAACCCAAGCCUGGGACCUUACAGUCCAUGUGUGUUGUGUACUUGCAAUGGCCAUAGUGACACAUGUGACCCUGAGUCUGGUGUCUGCGACUGCCAACAUGACACCGCAGGUCCUCACUGUGAGAGGUGUAGUGAAGGUUAUUAUGGAGACAGCACAACUGGUACCUCAUCAGACUGUCGGCCUUGUCCAUGCCCAGGAGGAUCAAGCUGUGCUGUUGUACCAAGGACAAAGGAAGUUGUUUGUACCAACUGCCCCCUGGGGACUACAGGGAAGCGUUGUGAGCUGUGUGAUGAUGGCUACUUUGGAGACCCACUGGGUGAAAAUGCAGCCCCCCGACCAUGCCGAAUUUGUGAUUGCAACGACAACGUUGACCCCAAUGCUGUCGGUAACUGUGAUCGUCUGACUGGAGAGUGUCUGAAAUGCAUCUACAACACGGGUGGAUUUUACUGUGACCGAUGCAGAGAUGGCUUUUAUGGGAAUGCUCUGUCACAAAACCCUGACCUUAAAUGCCGAGCUUGCAGUUGUAAUCCAUAUGGUACUGUCAAGGAUCAAAGUGGCUGCAACCAGGUGACUGGUCAGUGUGAGUGCUUGCCUCAUGUCACAGAACGGGAUUGUUCAGCAUGUGAUCCAGGAUUCUACAACCUGUUGAGUGGCCGUGGCUGUGAAAGAUGUGAUUGCCACCCCCUAGGCUCCACCAACGGUCAGUGUGAUAUUCGUACAGGACAGUGUGAGUGCCAUCCUGGCAUCAGUGGACAACAAUGCCAGCAGUGUGAGCCAAACCACUUCGGAUUUGGGCCAGAAGGCUGCAAACCCUGUGACUGUGAUCCUGAAGGCUCCAGUUCUCUUCAGUGUAAAGAGGAUGGUCACUGUGAAUGCAAGAGUGGAUUUGUCGGCACUCGCUGUGAUCAGUGUGAGGAAAACUAUUUCUAUAACCGCUCUGGUCCAGGGUGCCAGGAGUGUCCAGCUUGCUACCGGUUGGUUAAAGAUAAGGUGAAUGAGCAACGGGUGAAAUUGCAGGAACUAGAGGAUCUCCUGAAGAAUUUGGGUACAGGAGAAGAAACCAUUACAGACCAGGCCUUUGAGGAGCGGCUCAUUGAGGCUGAAAAAGCUGUGACUGACCUUCUCCUGGAUGCCCAGAGCAGUAAAGAUGUAGAUCAGGGCAUGCUGGAUCGGCUUGCAGAGAUAAACACUACUUUGAGCUUCCAGUUGGAACGUCUGCAGAACAUAAGAGACAUGAUCCGUGACACAGACAAGCAGGCACAGGAGGCCAGAGAUAGAGUAGAGGGCACAGAACUAAUCAUUGAAUCUGCAAGAGUACAACUGGAAAAGGCAAAGGUGGCCAUUGCCAACGUGUCAAUUACCCCACCAGAGACAGGUGGAGAUCCAAACAAUAUGACACUGCUUGCAGAAGAAGCAAGGAAGCUUGCUGAAAGGCAUAUGCAGGAAGCUCGGGAGAUAGAGAAGGCUGCUAAGGAAGCCAAUGACACUGCAAAUGAAGCACUUCGCUUGUUACAAAAAACUCUUGCUGCAGAGAAUCAGACAGCCUUAGAUAUUGAAGAACUAAAUCGCAAGUAUGCACAGGCUAAGGACAUAGCCCGGGAGCUGGAGAAGCAGGCUAGCAAGGUGCAUGCAGAGGCUGAGGAGGCUGGCAACAGAGCGCUGCAGAUUUAUGCCAACUUGACAUCACUUCCCAAUAUUGAUACCACUGGAUUACAGAAUGAAGCAGACAAGAUCCAGAAAGAGGCAGAAGAGCUGGAUUCAUUGAUUGACAGAAAGCUGCGAGACUAUGAUGAUCUGCGAGAGGACAUGAGGGGUCGUGAAAUGGAAGUCAAAAACCUGCUAGAUAAAGGGAAGACUGAGCAGCAGACCGCCGACCAGCUGCUUGCCCGAGCUGAUGCAGCAAAAGCACAAGCCGAGGAAGCUGCAAAGAAGGGCCGUGAAACGUUGCAAGAAGCUAAUGAUAUACUCAACAAGCUGAGAGAUUUUGACAAGAGAGUGAAUGACAAUAAGACAGCAGCAGAAACUGCUUUACGUAAGAUCCCGAUGAUCACCCAAACCAUUGCUGAAGCCAAUAACAAGACACGACAGGCAGAGAGUGCACUGGGCAAUGCUAAUGCUGAUGCACGUGGAGCAAAGAGCAAGGCAGAGGAGGCAGAAGCGCUAGCCAAUACCGUCCAAAAGAAAGCGGCCACUGCCAGGGCCGAAGCAGAUAACACCUUCAAGGAAGUGACUGAUUUGGAUGGGGAUCUCCAAGAAAUGCUGCAACAGCUACAAGAUGCAGAGAAUCAGCUGAAUAAGAAGCAGACGGAAGCGGAGAAUGAUGAGAAAAUGGCUGAAAUGGCCUCUAAUGCAACACAGGAAGCUGAAAAAUAUGCCAACAAGGCCAAGUCGUCUGUUAACGGGGUUCUUUUGAUGAUCGAUGAGUUGCUCUCCCGACUCGGGCAGCUAGAUUCUGUGGAUGUUGGACAACUCACUGAUCUGGAGAGGACGCUGGAUGAUGCAAAGAACCAACUCCGUGACAGCGAUUUGGACAGAAAACUUGCAGAACUUCAAGAGACUUCCAACCUACAGCAAGCUGCAAUAGAAUCAUAUUCUCGAGACAUUGACCAGAUCCUUCGAGAUAUAACUAAUCUUAAUGACAUUAAAAACACCCUGCCUACUGGCUGCUAUAACACCCCUAUUAUCGAAAAGCCUUAAAGCCGACCCACUUGGGAAAUAAGGUUGGAGGAUUUCUCUUUCCUCAGCAACCUCCACGUUUGGCUGUGAAGUGCCUUAUUACUCACCCAACCCAGACUUAUUGCCCUGCACACUCUUCACUCCCUGCCCUCUGAAUGUUCAACUGAAGGGAAAGUGCCAACAUCUGAUUGUUCUCCAUCCAACAUCCAAUUGUUCUCUUCAACAUCAAACACCCAUUAUAUCCUGUGUGUCAUGAGGCAAAAUUCUGAAAUUGCUGUGUUUUCCUCCUCUGGAGAUAUAUAUUUGAAUUUAUAUGAGGCUAAGGGAAACAGCAGCCUGCAGAUCUCAACACUCAGCAGUGUAUAGCAGGUUAUCUGUGCUAGGAGGCCAAACUCCCAAAUGCCAUGGAAGGAAUAGUGUAAGCAACUGUCUUAAACCUGAGAUUACCUGCUUCAGUUCUGGUGGCAUUUUAUUGGCCUGUAGUUCUAGCACUAAUGGGAUUAAUGGAGACUUGCUUUGACGUCCUUGUCAAAAUUAAGGGCACUUGCAGAAAAAUUCUCCAUUCUAAAAAUACAAUCCUAUUGCCUUUCCCUGCACUAAUCAGCUGCCUGGGCCCUGGCCCUAUAUUCUAACAACACAGCCAGCCUAAUCCCCCAUAGAACAAAACUAAUUAGGAACAGUCUUCGGUCAUUGGCUGUGCAUAUAGUCUAUUGUAGCUGCUGCACCCUUAGUGAACAGAAGCUGGAGCAACCCUUCCUGAUCAUAUGUAACAGUUAAUUCAAAUGUCUUGGCAUCUCAGAACCGAUAAUGAAGAGAGGGACACAGCUACUUUCCCCAUUCUGUGAUGAGCAGCUUAAAGGAGAAUAAAUGUACUCCUGUCUAAAUUGUGUCCUUCACUACACGACAUAACACUGCAUGGGGUUACACCUAGCCAUUCACUUGAUCAAGGUUUGGAAUAUCGGACUAUAGCAUUUAUUUAUUGGUUACCCACUACUAACUGCCCUAUCACAGUCAUGUUCCAUCCAUUCCCAGGCAAUCCCUAAACACCACUCACACUCUGUUAUUGAUAUAUUCCUUUAAAUAGAUUUUAGCUUUAAAGAAUACAGGAGGUUACAUUUGCCUUUUUCCCAUUAAGAGUACUUAUGUCUCCGUGCAUUAGUUUGGUUUAGAUAUUUAAUAUUAUAAUAAAGCAGUGCUAUGUACAGCAUUCUAUGUUCUAAGAAGGGAAGGGUACCCAAUUGUCACAUGCAAUAAUUAAUUUUUCUACUCCUCUGCUGUGAAAUGUGCCCUUGUGCACCAGGUACCUUCAGAGCUUUAAGCCAAUCGCUAAUGUCAGCUGCUGGAGCAAGUUAGCUUGGG